GUCAACACUUAUGGGAACUGCAACAAUAAGCAACUAUAAGGAAUAUUACACUUCUUAUUAAAUAUGUAUUACUGAUUAACUAAAACAAUUGAAAAAUACCUAAAAAUUUAGUUUGCAAGAUGCCUAAAACAAAGAUGCCUAAAGAAAUUAAAGUAAUUCUUGCCAAGGAAAAGGAGGACAGACAUUUACAAGCUAAACUAGACACUAUAGAAAAACUAAAGCAAUCUCAACUGACCAAUCUUCUCAAAGAGACGAGUUUACUGAAAAUAGAUCAUCAUGCUAACGAAUGUAGAAAACUUGUGAUAUCAAUGAAAAAGCUUCAGAGCAAAUCACCAAACAAUAUAUCGACACAACAAGACACAAACUCUGGAAACGGUAGGAAUUAUGGUAACCCGACUUCAAGAUUUACAUCCCAUAAUGACAAUUCACCUGGCAUAACGAGCCAAUGGCAGACUGGGACUCAAUGCAAUUCGAACAACACGAUUAGCAGAAGAUCAUCUUACACAUGUACUUUUCCAAGAAUUCACCAAUCAUCAAGUGUGAUGUCAUCCACACAAGGAUCUGCAAUAGAAUCUAAAUCAGAAAGUACAAUAAAAUCGAGCAGAGAAUCUGUUAAGAAGCAUACAGAAAAGGACAAUGCUGUGUCUGAUGUAGAGAUUCAAAGAUAUAAAAAGCCUACGAAAAAGGCAAACACGACACUUAGCCAAUUAGAAGAGUUCAAUCGGUACACAGAUGGCGCUAUGCACCUUGCUUUAAGACGCAACGAUUACUUAUGGCAGGAAAUCAUGCCACCAUUAGUGGGCCACUUACCCUACAGGCCAAGGGAAACAACCAAGGAAUACAUGAAAAAGAAUCAAACAAUAUCUAAACCAAAACAGUUUGGGAUGAUCAGCACUUUUGGCAAGAAACAAAUUUGUCCUGUAGAUGCUGAGAAAGAGAAUGAGGAGAAUAGAAAAGUAAAACUCAGACAACAUCAAAGAUCAAUGAAAAGCAUGAACCUUGAUCAAAAUGCACAUUUUAUUUCAAAACAACUUAAGGAUGGUGCAGAUCGAAACCAAGAAGAGUUAAAAAGACUGACUAAGCUACGCAAAGCAGAUGAGAUGUAUAAGUACAACACAUAUCUGUCAAAAUCAUCAACUUGGCUCCACCCUCAAAUACCCCUAAGACUGAACUUAGAUGAUAUCUUAGAAGAAGAUGACAAAAAGAUAUUGUCCAAAAUGAAUGAAUCCCAUAUUUUGGUCACACUUGGUAGGACUGUUCACCAUAUGAAGAACCCGAAUAAACACAAGACAUGGUCCUAUGAGCAGUUCAUUAGUAAACUGAAGCAGAAAUAUAUAACAAAAUUGAAUAAAAUAUGCAGUAGCCACAAUUUCGAUAUAAAAUGAAAUUAAAAGUGAUUUAAUUGACGAUCUGGACAUAUUUGACAAAUAGCGUGAAUCUGAUACAUUUUUGUCUAAUCUGAGGGUACAAUGCAAUGGUUUUAAUUAUUGACAUUAGAGAGUUUAAGCUUGCAAUUGUUUUCACAACCUAAACGU